CGCCAUCUUGGAACAUUGAACAACAUAAAGAGAUAGACUUCUGUUGAUUAAGCGUUUUGUAAUUUGAACACAGCGCAUAAAAAAUGACGGAAGAAGACCCCGAAGUGGUACCUAAAUUGGAUAUAAUAAUGCACUCAACGUUCGUGAAGGCAAGUGAGGAGUUUGUGUUGAUGCGCUGUGAAGAUGAGGGCUGUAUGUGCGGGAAGGUGCACUGUCCGUUCUGCAACACUGACCACUACAAGCCCACCCAGCCAGCCAGGGUGCGAGACCACCUCAACCUCAUGCACUUCAUGCAUGCUGUACACUAUGAUGGUAUGAUGAUUGUAAAGUGUUUCCGCGAGUGUACAGAGGGCAUCCCUGCUGGCCACUACCACUGCCCCCUGUGCCUGAAACAGACCUCCAAGAGAGCCGCCUUCUCCCGCCAUCUGCAGUCACAUCUAGAGAAAGUGGGAAAAGAUGUCACUGCUGUACAAGCUCCUGAUUUCAAACAGCCAGGCAAAAUAGUGUUUGACGGUCAUGAGAUCCCAUUGUGCACAAAGGUGUGUCCUGAUGCCUUGGGCAAGCACUACCACUGUCCUCUCUGCACAACCAAGAACUCCACGGAGCUGGGGCCUAUGAUGGCCCACCUGUGGCGGUGCCGUGAGGAGGAGAGGCAGGUUUCCACAUCACCAGCUUCCAAACCCAAGUCCAAACGAGUGCCAAAGAAAGUCCCACCAGAGAGGGAAACACCGCCUGCUAAAAAGCUGCACCUUUCCAUAGUGAAGUCCAUGGCUGACCUUCCUGUUCAGAGAUGCAACUCGGACACAUGCUGCGACAAGCGCUACCACUGCCCACUCUGCUCCAAGACCAAGUACAGGCCUGGCCUGGCCAGGGAGCUCCGAGACCACUUCCAGGUCCACUGGAAGGGUCGUGUGGAGUACAAAGAUUUCAUCAUUGUGAGCUGCAACAACAACUGCCGAGACCGCCGCUCAAACCGAGCAUUCACACACUACCACUGUCCCGAGUGUUCUGCGCUGAUCUAUGGCAAAGAGGUUUUUGAGUCCCACCUGGAGACCUGCAGCGACAUUCAGGCCACAGCAGCCCCCACUCCUAGCCCCAGGGGGCCGGGGCGACCCCGAAAGUCAGAAAGGAGGGUAGUGGAGACGACAGCUGGUAAUGACACUGAGCCACAAGUAGUGUUGCCAGAGGAAGAGGAACCAGCACUUCCUGCCUAUGAACCCCCGCCCGUCCCCAAAGCGGCACGAGGCCGCAUGACCAUCUCAUCCAGAGAGAAGGCAAUGCUUGCCCUUGCUGAGUCAUCAGAUGAUGAUAUGGGGGCUUUUGAUAAAGUGACAGCCAUCAUCUCCAAGAAGAUCAUCACAUCGCUGGCCGCCAGCACCAGUGUUGAGGACGUGCUGGAUGAUGUUGCCAAGAACACCGGCAUCAACUGGAGCUGGUCUCCUGGCACCGUGGAGCCUGUCUACGUCAUGAGCGGCGACCUCAUUUCACUUGUUAAAGCCAAGCGUCUGCUGAAGGAACUCAAAGAGGACUACGAGACGCGGAGACUACGUGAAUUGGAGGAAGCAGAGUCUGAGGUGGAAGACUAUGAACCCCCGUUACACUUUGCAUCUUGUGACACCCCGAGUGAAGCUGCAGAUGAAUCGGCAGUGAUACCUGAGAAGAUCAUUCUACCUCCUCCACAAACCGCUACCACAGUACUAGCACAGCAAGGUCAGCCACUGCAGAUGGUGGUGGACUCCGUGUCUGGUGUUGCUCAGAUACAGGCUCCUGUACCAGCUGCUGUCCAUCAGCCCACAAUGGAAGACAUUGGCAGCGGGGAGCUUCACAUCUCAGCGGAGGAACAUACCGCUCCAAAUACAUAUGACACAAUCCAAGGAGAGGCUAUGCUUACUGAAGACAUACUACAACGGUCUGUCAUAAUAGCUGCUGACAACAACAUCAUCACCUUGCCUCAGGUCUCAGUGGAGUCAAUACCCCAGACCUCUGUCAGUGACUUGCAGAUCGGACAGAACUUCGCAGAUUCUUUAAUGGAGGCUGCUUCCGCAGAGCUGGUUGUUGAAGGGACCACACAACAUCCAAGUGUUCAACUGUCCGAAAAUAUCUUUCAACCAGACUUUGAAAGCACCGAAACCUCAAUCAUUGAAAUUCCAAAUACUGUGGAAAGUAGUGAGAUUGAUUCAAAGGUUUUGACUGACGAGAUCAGUGGAGAUUUAACAUCAUUGAAAGAAGAUGCGAAAGAGAGUGCAGAAGGAGAGACUGACCAUUCUACGAUAGAAAUACCAGCUGAUAUUCCUUCUUCAGAGACCGCUGCUGGUGUGGAGUUGCAAGAGAAGAUAUUUGAUGACCAGGGCAGUAAGGAUGAUGUUAAAGAAAGUCAAGAUGACAAGGAGGAUAGUGAACAUGGAGACGUCAUUGAAAUUGCAGACUUGCCACCCAUAGAAAAUACGCCAUCUCUGAAGAAUGAAGUCACUGAUCUGACAAACAGCAAGAGUGAGGAGAAGGAGAAAGUGACGCCAUCUCCCAGAAAGAGAAAGUCCAUCCCAUUCACACCAGAAAGAAAAUAUUCCACAAGGGGUGUGAAAGUGAAUUUCACUGAACUCCACACUGGAAGAAAACAGACUGUGGUGGCAUCUAGUGAUGAUGACACUGAUGAUGUACCAAGUCCUUCGCCCAAACCAAGAGGUCGGGGUAGACCUCCUGGGAGCAGUGGCUUAGGCAGAGGUCGACCCCCAGGAAGAGGAAAGAAGAGAGGAAGAGGUCGUCCUCCCAAGAGGGGAAGAGGACGUCCUCCCAAGAGGCCGAGACUUGAAGAGAUUGAGAGGGAAGAAGAGGAGGAGGAAGAAGAAGAGGAGGAGGAAGUAGAGGAACAUUUUGAUGAAGAAGAUAUGGAUGAUGAUGAUCCAGAUUACGUUAUGGUGGAGAGAAAUAAAAGCAAUGGUGGGGAGGAUGACACAGAUCCUGGGGAAGAAAGUCCAAAGAAGAAAUUCAAAACUCCUCCUGCACCAGUUGAGACUCACAUUGCUGCCAUGCCUGUGGUUAGAUUUGCUGGACAAACUAGGGGACAGAAAGAAAACAAGCCAGAGGAAUCACCCCUCGACAUGCUGUUGAAUUCCAUCAAGACAGAGGUGAUUGAUCCAGAUUAUAUGAUCCCAGUAAGGACUCGGGGGGAGAGGACGGGGCCGAGGAAGAGGCCGAGGAAGGAGGAAGGCCUUCACACGCCAGAAACACAUGACGCAUCACCUGAUCAUGAAGCACGGGCCUCUAGCGCGCUGGCUGAUGGACAGGUGUAUCAGCAUGAUGGGGAGGAGAUGGGGAACAAGUGCAGCAUUUGUGGCUGGGAGUCACAGGAGUUUUCCGAACUCACAGAUCACUACAUCAACCAUCAUCAGGCCUACGACGUCCUGCGUUGUGAUGUGUGUGAAAUUGUGUUUAAGAAAGCUCGCCAUCGGACUACUCACCUCGACAAUGUUCAUGGCCCACGCAACAGAAAGGGGACAUUUGUCUGUGACCUGUGUGGUCACACAUGUGACAAGCAGCGCUCUCUCAACUGGCACAAGAGUUAUGCCCAUAACAUGAGCACGAAGAAAAACCCUGAUAUUUUGUACUGUAGGAAGUGUGACUUUGAAACCAACGAGCAGAGUGAGAUGAGGUUGCAUAAACGCACUCAUCUGGAGGACAGGAAGUGGUGUGAUCUGUGCAAGAAGUCGUUUUCUGCCACCACAGAUAUGAAAACUCAUAUGCAAGCUGUACAUCUGAAGACCAAGUCGUGUACCUGUUCAGUAUGUGGCAAGACAUUCAGUCACUGGCGAUACCUCACAGCUCACAUGGAGCGACACACCGGGGAGAGGAAACACUUGUGUAAUGUGUGUGGACAGCGCUUUAGCAAGGCUGCCAUUUUGAAAGAGCAUAUAGAGACUCACAAGGUGAUGAGUGAGCGAAACUACAAACACAUAUGUCCCUACUGCGACUCUCGUUACUAUAGCAAAGACAAGUACAUGGACCAUCUUAAUAAACACACAGGAGAAAAGCCUCAUCGGUGUGAGGAGUGCAACAAGGGCUUCAGUUUCAGGAGCAUGUUACUCAAACAUAGGAUCUACGUACAUACCACUGAUCGCCCCUUUAAAUGUGACUGUUGUGACAAAGCCUUUAAGUUCAAGCAGAUCCUCAAGAACCAUAUGGUUCUCCAUACAGGUGAGAGUAAGUACAUCUGUGACGGGUGCAAGAAACCGUUCUCCUGUAGCGCCACUCUGAAGACACAUCGACCAAAGUGCCGCGGAGAUCAGUCCUGGCAGAAGCGCAAGUCAGGCGUGGCCAAGGCUGUAGCAGCAUCAGGACCACCGACGAUGAUGGUGCCGAAGCAGGAGUAUCAGGAGUUGACGCAGCUGCAGCUUGACCCGCAGCAGAUUCAGCAGGUGCAGGUGGACAGCGCUGCCCUACAGCAGGUGCAUGUUGCUGUGUCUCAACCAAACCUCACCCAGCUUGUCGACACCAUCGUUGUGGAGAUGGGCGAUGGGCAACGCAGCAUCGUGGACCUCAACUCUCUUGAAGCUGCUACUCAGAUGACUGAGACGGACAAUGUGGCUACGGGUAUUUACUUGUGUAGUGUAUGUAAUGCCAUGUUUGAUACAGUCAAUGCAGCUGAGGAACACAUCGCCCAGGCACAUGCUCCAGGCAAACAGGAUGUUGAAGAUGCUCAGGAGAAGCUGGAGCUGGAGGAGGUGAUGGAGGCAGAAGCAGACGCCAAUAUCACCAAUCUCAUCUCAGAACUUGAAACAAAGGUCAAAGCCAAGCUCGAUCACUCGCUCUUGGAGGGUUUGAAGCCAACGCAAUAAGAGACUCAGAAGUUGUUUGAAGUUGUUGGAAUUCCAGUUAUUUAUUCUUCAUGUUCUUAUAACCUUGUUACUUGUGUAUAUGGUUUUUUCAUUGCAGCAAUAAGUGCCCACGAUGUUCUCCAUCAGAGCACACAAAUCUUAUCAUGCAUUGUAUGUCUGUGUUAAAUGGAUGGAAAAUAACACUAGCCUGCUUGCCUGGACCAGUUUCGUUAAUGUUAAUGGUAUCCUUUGCACAAGAAAAACAGUAAUUCAUUUUGCAGGGUAUUACUUUCAGGCUCUUAGACAAUCUUGUUUUUUUCCCAUCCAUGCUGUAUGUUAUGUUUGAUCAAGACCAAAAAGCUGAAUUUUGAUGACAUGCUGUAUGUAAUAUUUUUGUCUGCAAAAAAUCUUUAUUACUGUUGUCGUGUUUUACAAUGAUCAUUCUGCUUCUGGGUAGCGUGAUAUAGUUUUAUGUGCUUUAAUGAUUUCAAGUCUUGUAUGACAAGACGAAAUAUGAGUAUGUUUUCAAAAGAUUAUUGAGGUUGAUUGGUCUCUCGUUCCAAAGAAAUGACAUCAAUAUCAAGUAAAUUUCAAGAGAUUUUAGACUUUUAAUUGUGACCAUAUCUGACACUGAAACAUCAAAUGGCAACAUUCCCCAAACUUCCCAUGUAGUCAAAACCUGAUUCCCUUAUUUGCUACAUAUAUCUUCCACUUUCACAGGUAAAGGUCCCAAUAUCUAUACUAAAAGGUACUGCAGGUUGUUUCAGUGAAAAAUAAUUGCAUAUCAGUCAACUGUUAUUAUUCUUAGUAGAAUCAUAGAUAUUUGGAAACCAAAUUCUAACCAAUAUAAAAAAGUGAAAGACAUGAUUUUAAAAAUUAAAUAUCAUCAGUAAUAAAGACAAGUAACUGAUAUCACUGCAAAUAUUUUCACAGACAGAACACUACAAUAAUCAUUACUUUUUGCAUGUUUUAUUGGACUUUGGGGAAAGAAGGCUUACUAAUGGUUUUCCAACUAUGAGAUUUCAUGGUUAUACAGUCAAUCAUGCUAAUGUUUAUAACUAAUGAUUGUUUUUUAAAGUUUCAUUUUUGGACACUUAUGAUUAUCCCAAAUAUUUCUUCUAAGUUUAGUAUGGGAUUGAUCUUUUGGCAUGUAUUUACUUCAGCGUAGGCUGAAGACAAUACUUCAUAACAGAAAAAAAACUAAACAAAUACUAAGCUAGCAGAAUAUUGGAAACCACAGCAGUAGCAGUUUACACAAAGCCACAUUUGCCCAACACUUGCUUGAGCUUAAGUUCAUUUUCCUCUGUUCUAAAAGAGAAGUCCUGUCAGAAUUAUGGAAUCAAUUUUAAAGUAUACUUAACUUCUACUUGUUUGGGAUGGUCUUUGCAGUCCUUUCAAAGGCAUUGAAUAACAAGGAUUUUACAUUUGUGCAGUAUUACCUUUAUGAUCCUAUUACACAGUAUUUAGAACUCAAUAUAAUGUACUCCCAUGUUAACAGUUAUGAAAAAGAAGUAUCCUGAUGUAAGUUAAAGUCAGGCUUUUCUAUAUUUUGGUUUCAGACAAACUUUAUGGAUGAACAACUUCUUUAUUCGGUAGAUGCAUAAAGUUUGUAUAUUACUCGCCAACUUCUAAAAAAAGCCAUUUUAAGGAGUACAUAUUGGUUUACAUAUCGUUUCAUUAAAAACUCAUUUAUCAUGUGAUAAAGACUAAACUCAACAUGACUUUUCUAAUUCUUUUUGAAUUUGAGUGUGUUGCCUUCUGGGAUAUGUUUGUUGAGGUGAUCAUGAUGUAGGUUUGAUGGAUCUGUAUACCAAGAGAUAAAAGAGUUAAAAACUACUUUUGUAUCAGCGUUCUGUACAUUUAGUCCUUUAAUUUAUAGGCAUAUAAAUAAAUAAUGUUUGUGCUGUCCUGAGUCAGUGUGACUUGCCAGUGUAUACAUGUGUGAGAAAGCUUUGUGAUGCAUGGAGUUGAACCACCUAAUUGUACAGUGUAUAUAGACAGGAAUACAGAAAUUCCAUGAAGGUUCUUGAUAAAUCAAAUAGACUGUAA